AUGCCGAUCACCGGUUCCAAUCCAACACCGAUCACUAGUUCCAAUCCAACUCCGGAGGAAACAAUGCGGGAGAAAGUACCUGAUGAAGGUGACAAUUUACCUGAGGGAAGUGGUGAUGUAAUUGAUGAAACAAUUCAUGAUAGUCCUUGUCAACAUUUUGACUUGGAAAAAGAUGGUGCACUGAUAAGUUUUGAUAGCGGAAGGCAUGAUGGAUCGGAUUUAAGGGUAGGUCGACACUUUAAGAGUAAGGAAGAAUUGCAUAUUAAAUUGAGUCUUGUUGCCAUCAAUGGAAAGUUUGAAAUAAAGGUAAAGAAGUCAACAAAAACGUUGAAGGAAGUUAUUUGUGUUAAUGAAAGUUGCUUAUGGAGAGUACGUGCAGUAAAUAGGUCAGGUUCAAAUUUCUUUGUCAUUCGACAGUAUAACGGCAUUCACACUUGCUCUUUGGUGAAUCGAUCAAUCAACCACAGACAAGCAUCCAGUUGCGUGAUUGGAGCUAGGUUGCAGGGACACUUUAAGGAAAACAAAGAGCCCCCCAACCCAAAGAGUCUCAUGGGAUUCAUGCGCGAGGAAUUAAAAGUUCACGUUAGUUAUUGGAAGGCAUGGAGAGGAGGAAAAUUUGCUCAAGAUUUGGUGAGAGGGACCCCGGAACAUGGCUUUGCCAUGCUCCCAUCAUAUUGUUACAUUCUUAAAAAGGAAAAUCCGGGCACGGUUACACACAUUGAAGUUGAUGCAGAAAAUAAGUUCUUGUAUUUUUUUAUGGCUUUAGGAGUGGCAAUAAGUGGGUUCAGAUACAUGAGAAAAGUGAUUGGUAUAGAUGCAUCUUUUGUCAAAACAAAAUAUAAGGGCAUGUUAAUAGUUGCAUCUGCGCAAGACAGUGAGUAUCAUAGCUACCUGAUUGCUUGGGCUUUGGUUGAUAUUGAGAAGAAUGCAUCGUGGACUUGGUUCUUAGAGAAGCUAAAGGAGUUGAUACCUAACAGUUCGGAGCUUUGUUUCAUUUCUGAUAGGAAUCAAAGUAUCCAGAACUCAGUUAGUCGCGCGACCCGAGGCAAACCCGAGCGACCUUGGUGUCGUUCCUGUUUAGUUGGGGUCGCUGGCCAAAAGAAUGUAUGGACGACGUGA